GUCAGCUCCUUCAUUGUCACGUCCUAGCCGACACCCACUAAAACCCCGCCUCCCGUGGUCCAGUCUUCCGGGAGAUGCACCUCGUUUUCCAGCGUUUUCGCCCAAGUCUUCCGGACCAUCUAUGAUUCCGUUGCUUCGUCUUUGUCCUGGAUCACUCUUUCGCAUCUUAUUCUCCAGAUCAGUUUCGUUGCCCCGCACGCCAUGAUGGAUCCGAAGCUCCCAUAUUUGCCUUUGUCCCCUCGCGCUACAAUGAAGGAGGACGUGUUCCAUCGACUCGACGGCGUCGUUUUCACAUCUCUUGCAUGUCGCCUUCUCCUCAUGUCCUGUGAUCCGGGUCCAGUGGUACCCCACUUUGUAUCCCCCGUGUAUUGUCAUCCAUAGGAAGUAUCGUAUACUUCUCGAGAAAUCCUUAUGUCUGACCGCUUUCCAUAUUUGUGCUUCGGUCGCUGCUGUGUGGUCUUCGCUUGUGAUCGCUGUGGCUUCCAUGGCCAACUCUAUGUUCCUUUUAGUGGUUUUUCUCUCGAGAUUGGGUCAUUUCGGCUAGUUUUGCACCGGGUAAUAUUAGACUUUUGUUUAUUUGCGUGUCUAUGAUGUCUGGGUUGUUCUUCCUCCUUCCAGUUUCUGCUAGCCUAUCCGCCUUUUCGUUCCCGUCUACGCCCGAGUGGCCCUUGACCCAGGAAAAAGCCUUCGUCUUGGUUUUUGGCGAGGUAUUUUGAGAGGGUGUUUAUUGUAUACAUCGAGUCGGUGAUUAUGUGUAUAGAUGGAUUGAGUUCAUUCGGUAUCUUAAUUGAUCUGUUUCUCUCGUCGUUG